AUGGAUGCCAGAAACGCGACGACUGUGGGCGGGCAGCUUUCGUCACCGUUUGCAGCGUUGCAGCACAGCCUCGUCGCGCAAUGCAUCGUGGCCAUUGCUGUAGUGUGUGUCUGUACUAGGAUCCUUUCAUCGCAUACCUUCAGGUCCAUCAAGUACGGCAAGGGUCAUAAUGUCUUACCACCAACACUCCCGUAUUGGAUACCUGGAAUCAAACAUGCCUUGUCUUUUGCUUAUGACUCGCAUGGCUUUCUUGCCAAAUGUUUGAACGAAUAUGGCGAUGGAUCGCCUUUCUUUCUAGAUGCCGCAGGCCAGAAGUUGCUUGUCGUUCUAGAUCCAGAACAUGUUAAAGGCGUUCUCAACACAUCAUCCGAACUCGACCCAAACCCAUUUAUCCACGACAAGAUUCUGGGCGCACUGAUGGGGAGCCCACAAGAGGCCAUUGAUCACUACAAGUCUGAGAACGGUAACACGGAUUACAUACAAACGACACAUAUCCGACAGCAUACAACAGGAUCAAACCUUGGUUUACUUGCCAAACGCCUUUUCGACGUCAUGAAGCGAACUAUCACCGAAAGCUUGUCCUCGACCCCAUCAGGAUCCUGGAAAGAAAUCCCUGAUCUCUAUGACUUCAUCGAAUACCACGUAUCCUACGGCAUCGCUGAGACCCUCCUCGGCACGUCCAUCAUCUACCCAGGAAUAAUUACUGACCUCUGGAUCCACAUCGAAGCCACAGACCAAUUCUUCAUGGGUCUCCCCCGCUUCAUGAUCCCCAAAGCCUAUGCCGCCCGCGACCGCCUACUCAAUGCCAUCAGAGCGUGGACCAAGGAAUCCGAAGCGCUCCGCGCCCAAAACGCCGUAAACACUACCUGGGACCCCAUCGCUGGCUCUGGCCUCCUGCAAGAAAGAGAGGCACUAUACAGCAAAAUGGCUGGUCAUGGUGUUGAUGGCCGCUCCGCACAAACCCUUGGUCUCCUCUACGGCGGAACCAGUCUAACGGUCCCAGUAACAUUUUGGUAUCUUUUCGAAACAUUGCGCGACCCUUCCUUACACGCUCGUGUCCUCAACGAGAUAAAGCACGGAGUGAACGAGGAGACGCAGGGUUAUAACUUUAUGCAACUAAGCGCGCGGCCAUUGUUGCAAUCUCUCCACGCGGAAACCGCGCGGAUGUAUAGUUCUAAUCUCGCUGUGAGGGAAGUCACAGCUCCGACAUAUGCGCUCGAUGAAAAGUACAGUAUACCAAAAGGUACGGAGGUUUAUAUUUCUCACAAGUUCAAUGGGCAAUUCACUCCUGGGUGGAAGGCUACGCGUCCUCGGACUGUUGCGAAACCUCUCGAUACUUUCUGGGCCGAGCGAUACCUGGUCGACGGCGGCGGAAACGAUGGGAAGAGAGAAAAGUUCAGCGACGCGGGCUUGAGUGGUAACUGGACUUCUUUCGGUGGCGGGGAACACAAGUGUCCAGGCCGGCAUUUUGCGCGUAACAUUGGUAUAGUUACGUUGGCGGUGUUGAUGGGCGAGUUUGAGGUUAAAGUGUGCGAUCUGGAGGCGGCGAAAAGUUUGGAUCCGGGGAACAAGGAGAAGGCCUUUGGGACGAUGAGGCCGAGAGAGAGGAUUGCAGCGAGGAUACGGAAGAGAGUGUAG